AUGAUUAUUGAUUAUCAAUAUUAUCAAUAUUUAAUUAAAUUUGGAUUUAUUUUUAUGAUAAUAUAUUAUUAUUUGAAUCAAAAUAUUAUUAUAUCAUGCCAACAACCAAUUAAUAAUAAUAAUAAUAAUAAUAAUCCUUAUUAUUAUGAUCCUGAUCCUGAUCCUGAUCUUGAUCCAAAUCAGAUUAAUUAUAAAUCAAUAAAUUAUGAUCUAUUAAAACCAAAUUUAAUGAAUAUACCAGAGAAAUCAAUUAAUUUAACAUUAUUAAAUAUACAAGAUACAAUACCAAUAUCAGCUAUAUCAUUAGCUAUUGUAUUUGAUUCAACUGGUUCAAUGGGUAAUGAUUUAAAACAAGUUAAAAUUGGUUCAAGACGUAUAUUACAAAGACAUUUACAACGUGGUGAAACAAAUUAUAUCAAAGAUUUUGUUUUAGUUAAAGUACAUGAUCCAGAUGUUGGCCCAGCUAAAGUGACAACAUCCACUAAAACAUUUUAUGAAUAUUUAGAUAAUGUCUAUACUCAAGGUGGUGGUGAUUGUCCAGAAAUGACAAUAACUGGCAUUGAAUUAGCAUUGGAAGCAUCUAGACCAAAUUCAUUAAUUUAUGUUUUUACAGAUAGUAGUGCUAAAGAUUAUAAUCGUACAGAGAAAGUACUCAAUUUAAUACAACAAAAACAAAGUCAAGUUGUAUUUGUUCUAACUGGAUUUUGUAAUACAACGGAUGAACCUGGUUUUGAAGCAUAUCGUCAAAUUGCUACAGUUAGCUCUGGUCAAUUAUAUAUUAUUGGUAAAGGUCAAGUUAAUGAAUUUAUGCAAGUGGUUGAAGCUGCUGUUGAAGCACGUAAAGUACAUAUACUUCAACAAGAUACAUUAAAUACAGAAGCAAAAACUUAUAGUUUCCCAGUUGAUUCUCAUUUAUCACAAUUAACUAUACAAGUAACAAAUCAUCGACGUGAUCAAGCAAUCAAUGUGAAAAUUCGUAAUCCUGAAGGUAAAUUAAUCGAUAAAGAUGAUGGUUUAAAACAAUUAAUGAAAACUGUAAAAUCUGUAUUUGUUGGAUCAAUUGAUCGACCUAAAUCAGGUCAAUGGACAUUAGAAGUUGGUAUUGAUACAGAAGAAAAUGAUAUGGAAACAACGGAUCUGAAUGACAAUGAUGAUAAUAAUAAUGAUAACGAUAGUAAUUUACAACGUGAACGAUGGAUUUCUGUUCGAGUAUCUGGUAUAAGUGAUGUUGAUUUUUUACAAGGUUUUUCAACAACACCAAAAUUAUAUAAUUAUGGAGCAUCAACACAACCGAUUGCAGGUGUUCAAAACUAUAUUAUGGUUAAUAUGACUGGAAGAUUUCUACCAGGACAAGUUGAUCAUUUUGAUAUGCGUAGUUCAAAUGGUUCAUCAAUUAUACGAUUACCUGUACAACAAACGGAUAAAUUUCAAAUAUACGUUAGUCAACAAGCAAUGGAACCAAUUACGGGACAUUAUUAUCUUGAAGUAUCUGGACGAGAUGGUCAAGGUUAUCCAUUUCAACGUUGUUCUAAAGUAGCAUUAUCAUCUAGACAACCACAACAAAUUGUUGUUACAUGUCCAGCACAAAUUGAUAUUAGAAGAGGAGCUACAGCAGAAUUAUCAUGUUCUGUAACAAGUGAAAUUCCAUAUACAGUAAAAUGGUUUAAAGAUAAACAACCACUUACAGGAUAUCAUGAUGAAAAUAAAGUUUAUAACUUCCCAACUAAUGUAUUGUAUACAAUUACUGAUGUCAAUGAAGAAUCACAUGGAAUUUAUUCGGUAGAAGUAAUGCCUACAGUUAGUGAUAAUGAGAAAAAGGUUGAAGGUCAAUAUAAGGAUGAAAUAUCUGUGAAUAUAUUACCACCUCCUCCUCGUGUUUUAAUACCACGUAAUGCAAGUGUUGAACCUAGAACAGAUGCAAUACUUACUUGUAAUAUAUUUAGUUUAAAUGAAAAUAUUGAAGUAAAAUGGUAUCGUGGUUUAGAUCCAAGAUUUGAAUUAAAAAAUGGACGUCGUCAUACAAUUAAAUUAAAUCAAGAUACACCAGCAGGUGGUUUAGCAUCAGCUUUUACAAGUACUUUAACAAUAAGGUCUGCUACUGAAAGCGAUUCAGGCAAGUAUAUUUGUGAAGCUGAACAUAAAGGUGGUAUAAGUGAAGCGGAUGGAUUCCUUAUUAUUCACACUCGUCCUGUUGUCAAUACAGAUGAAGAAAUUGUAACAUUUAAAGAAGGAAGUUCACUUAUAUUAAGUUGUCGUUCAGAAGGAGUACCAAAACCGAAAAUUAUUUGGGCAUAUAAUAAUGUACCAAUUACAAUAUCUACUGAUGAUGAUCAACGUAUAACAGUGAUUGAAGAAUAUUUUGAAUCAAGAUUAAUUAUUCGUCCAGCAAAAUCCGGUGAUGCUGGCAAUUAUUCAUGUAUAGCUAUUAAUUCAGCCGGUAAUCGUACAAUCAAUAUUCUUGCUAACUUUAUAUCACCACCAAAAAUUGAUAAACUAGAAAUAUCUAGUCCAUUACCGGUUGAAGGUCAAGAACAAAUGUUUACAUGUCAUGUUACUGGUAAACCGAAACCUAAGGUAAAAUGGGAUUUUAAUGGAAGUCCGGUUACUAGUAGUCCAGGAAUUCAAAUCGAUGAAGAAAGAGGAAUACUGAAAUUACUUUCAGUUCGUCAAGAUAUGAAAGGAGAAUGGACAUGUCUUGCUGAAAGUAUCGCUGGUUAUACAAGAGAAUCUGUACUAAUGGAUGUUGGAUUCCCACCUAAAGUACUUACAGAUUUUACAAGUUCAAAAGUAUUAGCUGAAUUUUCAAUGGAUACAACUUUAAGUUGUCCAGUAACUGGUCAACCACUUCCUAAUGUCAAAUGGUAUCGUGUCACUGGUUCAGGGAAUGUACCAUUAACUUUUGGUAAUCGUUAUAUUUUACAAGCUGAUAAUUCUCUGUUAAUACAUGAUGUAAACAUGGAAGAUGGAGGUGUUUUCAUUUGUGAAGCUGUUAAUAUGUAUGGUAAAGUUAGUCAUUCAGUCACAGUUGAAAUUGGAGGCACAAAAGCUCCAUCUAUUUCAUUUACACAACCAAAACAAUUAGUUCUUGUUGGUACAACAGAAAAACAAAUCAUUUGUAAUGUACUUGAUGCAAAACCAGCUGCUACUGUAAUUUGGUUAAAAGAUAAUCAACCUAUUGAUACUAGAUUAAAUGACAAAUAUUAUCAAGAUGGUUUUAAUUUAAUUGUUCGUGAUGUAGAAAUAGAGGAUGAAGGGAUUUAUACUUGUAUUGCACGCAAUGUAGUUGGCAAGGCUAAAUUUGAUAUUGAACUAGAUGUACAAGGUAAACCAAAGUUUUUAGAUUCAUCAAUUGGAGGUAAAAUUGAUGUAACACAAGGUGAUAAUCUAGUUUUGGAAUGUAAAGUUGAAGGUGAUCCAAAACCAAUUGUUGAAUGGCGUAAAGAUGGUAGAAUAAUUUUACCACAAGGACCUGGAACAAAUACAGGAACAUUGUAUGGAUCAAAUAUGGGUUCAAUAGGACCAGCUAUUGUUAUUUCACCUGAUGGAUAUACAUUAACAGUAUAUUCAGUUACAGAAGCUGUUGCUGGAAGUUUUACAUGUUCCGCAAUUAAUGUUCAUGCAAUUGAAUCAAAAGAAUUUGAAAUAAGUGUUAAAACACCACCUGUUAUAUCAAAAGAAGGUAGUAGUGAAUUUGAAUUGGGUAAUCAAGAAAUUGGUUUAUUAACUUGUAUCAUUGCAAUUAGUCAACCUCCAGCUAAAGUAACAUGGUAUAAAGAUGGAAGACCAUUAGAACAUAUUCCUGGUCGGAUUAACUUUCUUGAUCAUGGACAUACUGUGGAAAUACGUGGUAAAAAUGAAGAAGACUCUGGUUCAUAUGAAUGUCGUGCUGAAAAUGUUGCUGGGAUAGAUUCUAGAUUUUAUCAAGUAACAGUAUUAAUUCCUCCAGAGAUUACAACAAUUGGAACAUCUACACGUCGACUUGUUCAAUCAGGUCAUAAAUUAGAACUUGAAUGUGGUAUGACUGGUUAUCCUGAACCAAAAUUAACAUGGUAUUGGAAUGGUAAACCAUUAUCAAGCAAUGAUGAACAACAAGAAACGAUAGCAUCUAGUUUAGGUAUGCAAAUAAUUAAUAUGAAUCCUGAAAGGAAAGAUUUAUUUAUACAAGAAAUGAGUACUGCUCUACAAGGAAACUAUACAUGUAAAGGAAUGAAUAAAGGAGGUUCCACCGAUUUGACUUAUGAAGUUAUUUUACUUGAAAAACCUCGAAUAGAUAGUUUAAAUGAAAAAGCUGUUGUAUUUGUCAAUAAUACAAUAACAUUAACAUGUGAAGCUACAGGAAGUCCACCACCAAAUAUUACAUGGUUAUUUAAAGGGAAACCACUUGAUUUACUCAACGAUCCAGGUUAUCGCUUAGUUGGUCCAAAAAAUUUAAUGCUUUUAUCAGCAAGACCUUAUCAAGGUGGAGAAUAUGAAUGUAUUGCUGAAAAUGAAGCAGGAAUAGCUCAAGCAUUGACUAUUCUAACUGUUUUUGAACCAACUGGUGAAAGAAAUAUGGCACAAAAUCUUACAAUUAGAACAAUACAAAUGGGUGGAAAUAUAACAUUCACAUGUGUUAUGAGUUCAAAUCCACCAGCACAGAUUAAAUGGUUUAAAGAUGAAGAAGAUAUUUACAGUGUUAUGCCACAAGAUCGUUUUUCAAUUAGCUCUGAUGGUUCAGCUUUAACAAUCCUUAAUGUUCGUCUUGAAGAUCAAGGUCAAUUCAAAUGUUUAGCAGUCAACAUACCUGGAUCUUGGAAUUAUCAUUAUACACUGGAAGUAACAUCAUCUCCUGGUAUAUUGAGGCAUUCAUCUUCACCAUCUAAAGUAAAUGUGAAUGAUGGACAAGAAUUACGUUUACAAUGUUUAGCUACAGCAAAUCCGGAACCAGUUUAUCAAUGGUUAAAGGAUGAUACACCAUUGAGUCUUCAUGUUUUAACUAUGUCACCAAUUGAAGGAAAUGACUUUUCAACACCAAGUAUAGAUGUAACAAAUUUAAGCAGCCGUUAUGAACUUCAUGAUCAAGGGCGACUACUUUUAAUUAGAGGUAUUCAAACACAUGAUGCUGGAAGAUUUACAUGUGUCGCUAGUAAUCCAGUUGGAGAAGAUAGAUUGGAUAUAGAAGUUGAAGUUUCAUCUUCUCCAAGAUUUCUUGAUGGUUUGGAUCAUGAAUCACCAAUAUUAGAGAGAGGCAAAUCAAACUAUUUAUGGUGUAAUGUUACUGGACAUCCAGAACCUGAAAUUCGUUGGGAAUAUGAUCUUCCAACUAGUGGUCCAGGUGAUCGUAAUAUACAACAACGUUUAAAUGGUAGACAAUUAGUUUUACCAAAUGUUGACUAUGGUAUAAUAACACGUUAUAUGUGUAUUGGUAAAAAUAAAGCUGGUGAAAUUAAACGAAUAUUUGAUCCAACUUUAGUAUAUCCCCCAGUAAUUAUUGGACCAGAAGGGAAAAAUCCAAGACAUGUAUUACAAAACUCUAGUACUCGAUUAAUAUGUGACUGGGAAGCAUCACCAAGAGCUCAAGUGGAAUGGUUUAAAGAUGGAGAAUUAAUUACCACUGAUACAUUUCCAAAUAUUAAUGUUUCUGUUGGUGAUACACAACUUUAUCUAACCGAUUUACAAAACUCAGACGCUGGAAAUUAUCGUUGUGUAGUAACCAAUGAAUAUGGUUUGGCUAAACGUCAAUGGCUAGUACAAGUAAUGUCUCCACCAUCAAUUCGAUUUUCAAGUCAAGAAGGUGAACAUAAUAUAGCACUUGGAUCUAAUUUAGCAUUAUUUUGUGUCGCAACUGGUCAUCCAUUACCUAAAAUUACAUGGACUAAAGAUGGUAAACCUAUAAUGGAUAGAAAAUUUACAAUCAGUGAAGAUUAUGUACAUUUACGAUUAACUGAUGCUGAAGAAAAUGAUAAUGGUCGUUAUGCAUGUCAUGUUACAAGUGAAUAUGGUCAAGUCUCUAAAACAUUCGAUGUUAAAAUAACUUAUGGACCUAGACUAGAUCCCGAUGGUCAACUACAAUACAGUGUCGAACGUACUGUGGGAGCUAGUGCGCUACUUGAAUGCCUUGUGUCUGGUAAUCCUAGACCAAAAAUUGAAUGGUUCAAAGAUGGUAUACCACUUGAACAACUUUCAUAUAGAUAUCGAUUAAUUAAUCAAGAUCGUCAAUUAGAAAUAAUAUCGAUGCAACCAACAGAUGCCGGUCGUUAUAGAUGUGUUGCAAAAAAUAAUUAUGGUCAAUUAGAGAUAAAUACAGAUGUUUCAGUCGGAGCUCCGGCUCGUAUUGAUCGUGGACGUGUACGUACAGAAUAUACAGUUCGUGAAGGUGAUGAACUUGUAUUACCUUGUCCAGCUACUGGAUCACCUACUCCAAAGUUAUACUUUACACGUACUGGUGAAUCGCGUCCAGGUAGUAGAUAUGACGAUAGUUCUGGUGUUAUUAAACUAUCCAGACAAACUGAUAAUUUACCCAAACAUUCAGUAAUAUCACAGGACCGUCAAUCACUUACUAUUUUCCGUACUUUGAAAAGUGAUAGUGGUUCAUAUCAAUGCAAUGCAAGUAAUGCAGUUGGAUGGGAUAUCAUGGAAUAUAGUGUUCGAGUUCGCGUCCCUCCAACAUUUGACACAUCUAAUGUACAACCUGAAGUUCAUUGGUUUGUUAAUCAAACUAGAUCAUUAGAUUGUACAUUGAUGGAUGGUGUUGAUCCUCCACCACAAAUUAAAUGGGAACGAAACAAUAUGCCAAUAGUUAGUGGACCAGAUAUUCAAAUAUCUACUGAUGGUAGUCGAAUAACAGUACCUCUUGUACAAACACGUGAUGCUGGUGAAUAUAUUUGUCAUGCACAGAAUGAAGUUGGAAAAUCUACACAAAUUUUCAAUGUACUUAUAUAUGUUCGUCCAAAAUUUGUUGAUCCAACAAGAAAAAUUCAUGUACAGGCUAUUCAAAAUGAAACUAUACAAUUAGCUUGUGAAGCAACUGGUGAACCAAGACCACGAUUUGCAUGGUUUAAAAAGGAUAUUGAAAUAAUUCAACCACAAUUUAUGGAUCCACGUUAUAUGCAUCCACAAGUGUCUAGUUUAGCUAUUUUAAGCGGUGAUCAGUUAUUACAAAUAUCAAACAUACAACCAAUUGAUCAAGGAGAAUAUGCAUGUACAGCUAGUAAUGGUGGAGGUACCAUAGAAAAGAAAUUCAAUGUGACAGUAAUUGUUCCACCUGUUAUUAUCAAACGUUAUGGAUCACCAGAAGAACAUCGUACAUCUGAAUUUAUUCCAAUCACAUUCUAUUGUUUACUUCAUGAUAUUAAUCAAACAAAAGCAGAGAUUACUUGGACUAAAGAUGGUUCACCGAUUUUAAUGUCACCUGAUGGAGAUUAUUUUGUUAUACAAGAUCAAGGUCAAAGUUUAACAGUUGUUCGUCCAACAGGUGAUGAAGUUGGGACAUAUCGUUGUUUGGCAAAAAAUAGAGCUGGUGAAGACAGUCAUAGUUUUCAAUUAUCUGUUAUCGCUGCUCCUAGAUUUUCGUCAGAUUUUGUUCGUUAUCGUCAAAAACUUGUUGUACGUUUGGGUGCUGAAAUUGAAUUUGAAUGUCCAGCUCAUGGAUCACCUUUACCGACAAUUACAUGGUAUUAUAAAGGUGCACCAUUAUCUCAAUAUAAUGCACCAGCUAAAUAUACUUUUGAUGAUGAUGGAAAAAAAUUGAAAAUUAUUUCAGCAACUGGUAAAGAUUUAGGUGAAUAUCAAUGUCUGGCACGUAAUGAAGCUGGAAAUAUAUCGAAAAUUUAUGAACUAGAAGUUAUUAUGCCCCCAUUAGUUAGGUUGGAUAAAACUGAAGUACGUGAAAGAGAAGGUGCUACAUUUACUGUACAUUGUUCAGCUGAAGGACAUCCUAUGCCAUCUUUAGAAUGGUUUAGAGAAACAGGUGGAUUAUUUCGACUUGGAACAAGUGUGGAUGUCAGCACUGGACUUCUUACAAUCACCGAUGCUAAAAAAGAAGACAGUGGCCGUUAUGUCUGUAAAGCGAUGAAUAAAAUCAGCGAGGAUUCUAAAUCAGUUAUGAUUGAAAUCAUUGAACGACCUACAAUACAUACAUCAAUGAAACCAAUAUUGGCUAGAGAAAAUGAACAAAUUUUAUUACCAUGUAGAACAAGUGGUACACAACCAAUACGUAUUCAAUGGCUUUUACCAUCUGGUCAAUUAAUUACAGCUGAUCAACCUGGUGUAUUUCGAUUACUACCAGAACAAGGUCUUUUACUUGAAAAAGUACGUUCAGAGCAUGCUGGUCGUUAUCGUUGUUCAGCAAAUAAUGAAGCUGGUUUCCAGAAUGCUGUUGUCAGUUUAGAAGUUUUAAUUCCACCAACAUUAGUUAAACCAGCUAAUUUAGAAGUGUCUGGUCGAUUGAAUUCUGUGUUACGACUGAAUUGUGAAGUUGAAGGUGGUUCUCCAAUGCCUACAUUAACUUGGGAACGUGAUGGUGUGACAUUUAGUCGAACUAAAAGCUAUUACACUACCACAGAGUCUGGUCUGUUUAUCUUUAAUUCAUUGAAGCCUGAAGAUGAAGGAGAACUUACAUGUAUCGCUAAGAAUACAGCUGGUGAAGAUCGUAUUACUUUUCGUGUAUCUGUUCAAGUUCCACCACGUGUCUCAUUGCCAAUAUCUACAAUUGGUUAUGAGGGUAAAUCAGUUACAAUGAAUUGUGAAGCUGAUGGUCGUCCAAAACCUGAAAUUAUAUGGGAAUUUAAAGGACAACCAAUGACAAGUCAUUUAGGUGAUCGUGUACGAUUUGAAACACCAACAAAAGUUACUAUUCAUGAUUUGAUUCCUUCAGAUGGAGGAACAUAUUCGUGUAUUGCUCGUUCUCCUGGUCAAGAAAUGGCUAUGGAUUCUACUUUCCUGACAAUUUUCACUAAACCGGAAUUUGAAAGAACACCUAAUCAAACAACUGAAGCAUAUGAAGCAAGAUGGAUACAAUUUCGUUGUAUUGCAAAUGGACAUCCAAAACCAGAAAUUCGUUGGAUGCAUAAUGGAAAUAUUAUUCCAAGUAAUCCAAGUAAAAAUGGGGUUGGUUCACUGGUACUUGGCCCAUUAAGAACUGAUCAAGCUGGUCAGUAUACAUGUGUAGCAAAGAAUGAUGCCGGAAAUGUUGAGUACGACUUUGAACUGAAAGUCAAAACUCGUCCUAAAGUGCAUGUAUAUCAGUCAGAUGAACCGCCUAGAGAAAGUGAUACAACACGUCUUCGUUGUGAAGUUAGUGGUGAUGCUGAUUCAGUUGUAUGGUUAAAAGAUGGAAAUAUAAUUUCCAAUUCAAGUCGUUUUCGUAUUCUAGAUAGAGGUUCAAGUCUUGUAAUAAAAAUGGCAAAGGCUAAAGAUACAGGGACAUAUCAAUGUAUAGCUGCAAAUCCAGUUGGUGAAGAUCUUGGUGAACUUCGUUUAGUUGUAGAAAGUAAACCAUAUCUUGUUAAUCAUCCAAAUAAUAUGACAGCUCAAAUUGGAAGUGUAGUCGUAAUGGAAUGUCUUGCAGAAGGUCAACCUAAACCAACUAUUACAUGGUAUAAAGAUAAACAACAAAUAAUUCUUCAUGGACAUCGUUCACUUGUUAAUAAUGGAUCUUUAAGGAUUGUUGGAGUUUCAUCAGAUGAUGACGGUCUAUAUCAUUGUGUUGCUUCUUCAAGUUUGGGUGAAGAUUUUUCACCACCUGCCUUUUUACAAGUUCAGUUAGAUGGUAGAUGGUCGGAUUGGUCACAAUGGUCAGAAUGUAGUCAAACAUGUGGACAUGGAACUCAAUCAAGGACUCGAACAUGUACUAAUCCAGCUCCAAAAUAUGGAGGUGCUCAUUGUACGGAAGAAAAUACUGAAAUUCGUCCAUGUUUGGUAAAAUUCUGUCCUACUGAUGGUGAAUGGGGUAGUUGGACACCUUGGUCUGCUUGUACAGCCACAUGUGGUGUAGGUUUAUCUCAGAGACGAAGACGUUGUGAUAGUCCACCCCCAAGCAAUGGUGGCAGGCCAUGUGUUGGUGAAGCUGUUGAAGAUGUGAUGUGUGAAGGUCUUCCACCAUGUCCAGUAUCUGGUAGUUGGUCACCAUGGUCUCCUUGGUCUGAUUGUUCAUCAACCUGCGGAACAGGAGGAACUCAAAAUCGUAAACGAACAUGUGAUAAUCCAACACCGUCAAAUGGUGGCAAAUCAUGUCCAGGACAAGACCUGAUGGUACGUGCUUGUAACCGUGGCCCUUGUCCAAUAAAUGGAGGAUGGGGAACAUGGAGCCCUUGGUCUCAUUGUUCACAUAGCUGUGGUGGCGGUCAACGUCGUCGUACUCGUAUAUGCGAUAAUCCGGUUCCAGCAUAUGGUGGUGAAGAUUGUCCACCAACAGGAAGUACAGAAACUUCUGAGUGUCAGUCAGAACCAUGUCCAAUUCAUGGUGAUUGGUCGAACUGGUCAUCAUGGUCAGCUUGUUCGCGUACCUGUGGUGUUGGACUACAGACUAGGGAACGUGAAUGUACUCAACCACAACCUCAGUUUGGUGGACGUUUAUGCCGAGGAUCAGCGAAAGAAAUAAGAACAUGUGAAACACAAAAACGUGGUAGUUCACAAUUUUGUCCAAACAAUGAACCUGGACUAAUUUCUGCUUGGUCAGAAUGGUCUUCUUGGUCGGAAUGUGAACCUGAUUGCUCGUUAGUUGGUCAAGUAACAGAAAAAAGUGGAAUAAAACGUCGUGAACGAACAUGUACAGUUUUAUCUCCUGAAAAUGAGUCAACUCAUGGAUGUCCAGGUCCAGCUGAAGAAAUUCAAGAUUGUACACUUGAAUACAAACUAGAUAAAUGUCAAGAUACUCUACGUAGUGUGAAUAAAGGAUUGUUAACUGGAACUAUUCGAGGUCAGCUAAAUAAUCAAGACAUUGGUACUAUUUAUCUUAAUGCAAAUUGGUCUACCUCUGCUUCAAAUCUUUCUACUAAUUAUGAAUUCCAUUUAACUAAUGUACCAAUAGAACGUAGUCAAUGUUUACAAGCUUUAACUGAAAUUUAUCUUCCUGGCAUCUGGUAUGCAGCAAAAGAGGUAUCUGGUGCAUCUAAUGGUCAUACAAUUAUGGGUUCAUUAAAUGGAAUCACAUGGGAAUCAAUUGGUCAAUUUGCUGAUGGUAAUACAAUACAAAUGAGCCAACGUGUAUUACGAUCAAAUGAUUCAAUUGUAUCACCUUCAAGUGAAUCCAUUGUUCAUUUGACAACGGAUAUUUAUUUAUCUGGAUCUUGUACAUUGUCUUUAAUCGAUUCUAAGACAACUACUACAAGUCCUGAAGUUGAAUUACAUGAUUUUCAUGAAAAUUUGGUACAAUUAAGUCCUCAAAAAGGUAGCCUACAUAGUCAUUCAUCAAGAGCAUUCACAGUAUAUAAUUUAGAAAGAGAAAAAUCACAAAUGGAACCUUAUUCAUGGAUUUCUACAAUUCAAAUUAGUCCAGAGAGAAGACAAACUUAUUUAACACAAGAACUUCAUGUUAAUGGAAUAGAAAAUAAAGCAAAUUUACAAACUGGACAAAUUGAGUUUCAAGCUGAAAGUAUCAUGAAAAAACCUAUUGGUCCAGAUGUUUGUCCAUCUGGUUUUGAAUUGAAUCAAGCUAGAAUUACUGGGACAAAUAUUAGAUUACAAAGAAGACGAGAUUAUUGUAAAGAUGUAGACGAAUGUGCUUUUCCAAAUUUGAAUAAAUGUGAUCAUGUAUGUAAAAACACUGUACCAUACUAUACAUGUGCGUGUCAUAAAGGUUAUCGCUUAUCAGUUGAUGGACAUUCUUGUAUUGAUAUUGAUGAAUGCGCUAUAGGUGGAAAUAAUGAAACUAUUUGUUCAUAUGGACAAAGAUGUAUUAAUACUCAUGGAAGUUAUGAAUGUAAACAUGUUUGUGGACCAGGUUUAAAAGAAAAUCCUAUAACGAAUCGUUGUGAAGAUAUUGAUGAAUGCCAAACUGCACCAGGUAUUUGUGGACUACAUACAUGUGUGAAUACCUUUGGAGGUUAUCAAUGUAUUUGUUUACCUGGUUACAAACGGAUAGGUGAAAUAUGUCAAGAUAUUGAUGAAUGUCUAUCUGGAGCUUACCAAUGUGGUGAAAAUGAACGAUGCGUAAAUAUACCCGGCAGUUUUCGUUGCCAACCUGCAUGUCCACAAGGAUACCGUGCGAUUGGUACACCUGAGUCUAAUAUUAUUGAAUGCGUUGAUAUUGAUGAAUGUGCUAUCGGAAUUUCUCAGUGUCCGAUUGGAUCAAAAUGUAUUAAUGAACCUGGAACAUACAGUUGUCGUUGUUUAAAUGGUCAUGAAGCUGGAACUCAAGGAUGUGAUAAUCGACGUGAUUUGUUAUGUAAUGAAGGAUUUCAAUGGAAUCGAGAAAAAGGCUGUAUAGAUAUUGAUGAAUGUAAUCCAUCAUUUGGUUCAAGUCCAUGUCAGUAUAAUUGUGUAAAUACAUAUGGUGCUUAUCGUUGUGAAUGCCCAAUAGGCUAUGAAAUAGAUCGUAAAACAAAUUUAUGCAGAGAUAUAGAUGAGUGCAAUUUAAGCAAUCCUUGUAGAUCAGAUGAAGUUUGUUUAAAUCUUCCAGGUAAUUACACAUGCGUACAACAAAGAUGUCCGAAAAAUUAUGUUUACGAUAAAAAGUCUAGAUCUUGUCGAAUAAGAUGUAUUGAUUCUAAAUUAAAUUGUCCAUAUGGUGCUAUGUUCGCUGAUACUGUGGAAUAUUUAGUUGUUAGUCUUCCAUCGCCUGAAUCAUACCGUGUGACGGGGUCAAGGAUAAUGCUUCGUGUUGUUGACUGGCAUCAAGUUCAACAAUCGAAUUGUUACUAUCAACUAUUAGAUAAAGCACCAAAUACACCAGUUCAACAUCGUACAGAAGAUGGAGUUGUUUAUUUAACACCAAAUUGGGCUAGAAAUAAUAAUAAUAAUACAAAUCAAACUCGUGAACGUACAUUAUUAAGUGCACAUAUUGAAGCAGCAACUAAUCCAACAUAUCAACAAAUAAAAUAUGAUGAACCUGGUCAAUUGUAUUAUUUGUUCUUCCGUGUAUCAUGUUAUGAAAAUGAUUCAUCCACAUCAUCAUCAUCAUCAUCAUCCGCAUCAUCAUCCUCAUUGUCAACAAUGGAAUCUUUACAAACGACUAUAUCAUCAGGGCAUAAAUCAACGGUUAUGACAUCAGUUCCUUCAUCAUCGAUAACUUCAUCAAUGAUUAAUAAUGAAUAUAGUAUUGAUAAUCAAGCAUGGUCUAAUAAUACAUCAUGGGAUAUGAAUAGUCAUAAUCAAACAAAUAAAAAAUAUAAAUUAGUAUUUCAACAUUCAUUUUAUGUUUACAUUUCAAUAUCCAAAUAUCCAUUUUAGGUAUAAUUUGUCAUUUUGAAACAGUAUCUAUGCAAGGAUAUUGUCCUAAAACAGUACCAGUUUCUAAGGGAACUUCAUUGAUUGAUCUACAUUCAUCUUUAUUGUUUCUCUUUUUAUGUUUAUUCGGUAUGGAAAUUUAAAAAAGAAAAGAAAAAAAGAGACAAUACACCUUUGCUUUUUCUAGUCACUUUUAUUAUUACUUACUUACGUCUGUUACCCCUCGUGGUGGAGCAUAGACCGCCCACCAGUUCUGGUUAACGUUUCUUCAGCGAGUUAGUUUUCUACAUGAUGAGGUCGUUAACCUCAUGCACAACUCUCCUUCUUUACCCGGGCUUGGGACCGGCAGUAAAUCUAUAAGAACUACUGGCGGAGUUUCUUUAUUAUUAUUUACUUUUAAUUGAAAUGAACUAGACAAUUCAAUAAUGUUUAUAGGUAUCAUUAUCAAGUUUUGAUUUGAUCAUUUUGAAUACAUUGAGCAUUGGAUGGUAGAUUGUUAUAAAUAAAUGAAUUAAUAUAUAUUUGUAAUGUUUCAAUAAGUAGAAAAAUUAGAUUUUCUGAC